CAACACUUUGAAUCCCUAUAUAAGCCCACAAUAAUCCUCAUUUUCAUCUCAAAUUCUCUGAUUUCAUCACAUAGAGCAACUUGCCUCUAUCAACAUGAGCUCUGCUCAGAACCUGAAAGCCCAUUCCUUGAAACAUUGCAAGAAAAGAUUGAGCCAAGACCAAGUUAGGCUGCUAGAAGCAAAUUUCAGUUCCAACAAGAAGCUUGAACCAGAGAGAAAGCUCCAGCUUGCUCGACAACUAGGCGUUCCACCGCGACAAAUCGCGAUUUGGUAUCAAAACAAGAGAGCCCGGUGGAAGAAUCAAAGCCUUGAACUUGACUACGGUGCACUUCAACUGAGGCUAGAAACUGCAUUGGCUGAAAAGAGACAACUUGAGAAAGAAGUGGGGCAACUUCAAAUUGAGCUGCAGAAGACCAGAGAAAAUUUACUUGCUUGUACGAAGCAAGCACAAGAAAUUCUUCCAUUUUCAUCCUUUUCGAGUUGUGGUGACGAAGCUGGAGGCUCUAGUAGCUUGAGCUUGCAUGAAGAUGUUAGCUGUUCUUGGCAAGACGGCCGUCAGGGCUUGCAACUUGAGGAGCUUUAUGCCUGUUUGAUGGGAUCAGAAGGAUCGGCCCGCGGUUCAGUUGGGCGAAAUGAAAAAAUAUUUCUUGUAUAAGACAGAAAAAGUGCAUCUUAUGUUAUGAUCAUCAAAUGGUCAAAUAAAAGUUAAUUAAAUACAAUAUAGAUCACUAUAGGAUUAGCCUUUGCAGGUUGUAGAAUCGUGUAAGUGGUGCCCCUAGUGGCUAAUGCUGUAGAAUAUGGAACAUGUAUUUCCAAACUGAACUUCGUCUGCUAAACUUGUUCUGUUUCAUCACUUGAUGCACCAAUCAAAUUUUCUUUAACUU